CCUCUUAGAACAUAAUGAAUUGAAUGAUGUUAAUAUAAGGAGACUAAGAACUCGAAACCAUGACAAGUCUUUUAUUCACUGGGAUAGUUCUUAUAAUGACGUCGACAGUGAAUUCCACAACAGAAGAAAUUUUUUUGUCUAGCCAGUCGUCUUACAACAAUUCGAAUUGUGUAUCUUGUGAUAAAACUCAUUCAACUUGGAGCGAUAAGAACAUAUUUGAAAUUGAAUCUGAUGAUGCAAGAACUAGGAAAAAACGAAACGCCACUCAAGUAGAAACCAACUUCAAAGAAUUGACAACUCACAAGAUUACAGAAAAAAUCUAUCAGUAUUCGACAUCACCUAGAAAGUCCAUCGAAUCAAAUAUCACUGUCUCAUCAGAAUUCAUCAAAAUCGAUCAAGAUAUGUUAUGGCCUGUCAAAAAAGAAGCGGUUGUCGAAGGUGAUUUUGUCAUAGGUGGACUUAUGAUGGUACAUGAGAGAGAAGAUACAAUAACUUGCGGUCCAAUAAUGCCUCAAGGUGGCAUUCAAGCUUUAGAAGCAAUGUUAUAUACUCUAGACCAGAUCAAUUCUGAGAAGAAUUCGCUUUUACCAAAUGUAACUCUUGGAGCACAUAUUUUGGAUGAUUGUGACAAGGAUACAUACGGUCUUGAGAUAGCGGUAGAUUUCAUAAAAGGAUCAAUAAGUAAUAUCGACGACAACGAAUAUCACUGCAAUAAGACACAAGUGAGAAAAGUAAUUUCUGGUGUUGUCGGAGCUGCUUCCAGUGUUACUUCUAUUCAAGUAGCGAACCUUCUUCGUCUGUUUAGAAUACCACAGGUGUCUUUUUUCUCAACAAGUCCAGAGUUAAGCAACAAACAGCGAUUUGAAUAUUUCACCAGGACAAUACCAUCCGACCAUUAUCAAGUCAAAGCAAUGGUUGAUAUCAUACGUCUUUUGAAAUGGAGUUAUGUUUCGAUUCUGUAUGAAGAAUCUAAUUAUGGAAUAAAGGCUUUCGAAGAACUAGAAGACCUUUUGGCAGAGUACAACAUUUGCAUUGCGAUCAAAGAGAAAUUGGUGAAGGAUUCUGGGGUUGCAGAUGAAUCAGCCUAUGAUUCUAUUGUCAGUAAAUUGCUGACAAAACCAAGAGCUAGAGGUUGCAUAAUUUUUGGAUCAGACCAAGAAGUGGCGGGGGUUAUGCGAGCUGUAAGACGGAGUAACGCAACAAAGAGCUUUUCAUGGAUAGGUUCAGACGGUUGGAGUGCCCGUUCUUUGGUAUCAGAUGGAAACGAAGAUGUUGUGGAAGGAACGCUUUCCGUGCAACCCCAAGCUAAUCCAGUGAAAGGAUUUGAAGAAUACUUUCUGUCAUUAAACGUAAAGAAUAACCAAAGAAAUCCUUGGUUUAUAGAAUUCUGGGAACAUCACUUUCAAUGCAGAUACCCUAAUGGUUCUAAAACACCAUACAACCAAAAAUAUACAAAACCUUGCACAGGAGAGGAGAAAUUAACUAAGCAAAACACCGUCUUCGAAGACCAGCUGCAAUUUGUUUCUGAUGCAGUAAUGGCUUUUGCAUACGCUAUAAGGGAUAUGCAUGCGGAGCUGUGUAACGGUAAACCAGGGCUUUGCGAUGCGAUGAAGCCUACUAAGGGCGCGGAACUACUCAAAUACUUGAGGAAAGUGGAAUUUGAAGGAUUAAGCGGAGACUUUUUUCAUUUUGAUAACAACGGUGAUGGACCGGCCAGAUAUAACAUAAUUCACUUCAAACAAGUAUCUCCUGGGAAAUUCACUUGGAUAAGAGUCGGUGAAUAUCUGGAAGGCGAACUUCAUCUGAAUAUGUCAGAAAUUCAGUUCAAGUUAGGUGAUCCUAAGCCGCCAGAAUCUGUAUGUAGUCUGCCAUGUAACUUGGGUCAAGCAAAGAAAUAUGUUGAGGGAGAAAGCUGUUGUUGGCACUGCUUCAACUGUUCACAGUACCAGAUAAGACACCCAACGGAUCCAACCCAGUGUCGCGUAUGUCCUCAAGGAACAGUUCCAGAUAUGAACCACAUAAGAUGCAUCGAUAUACCCGAAGAAUACUUAAGACAUGAUAGCGGUUGGGCAAUAGGAGCUAUGUCUUUUUCAUCCAUAGGAAUUCUAACAACUAUAUUCGUAUUAGGUGCUUUUAUCAAACAUAGUGAAACGCCAGUUGUGAGGGCAUCGGGAAGAGAACUCAGUUACGUGUUACUUGCUGGCAUACUUUUGUGUUAUGGUAUUACAUACGCUCUGGUCAUUAAACCUACAGACAUUAUAUGUGGUAUUCAAAGGUUUGGUGCUGGUUUCUGCUUCACCGUUGUUUAUGCAGCGCUCUUUACUAAAACCAAUAGAAUUUAUAGAAUCUUCAAUGCUGGUAAACGUUCGGCAAGAAGGCCAAGCUUCAUUUCUCCAAGAUCACAACUUCUGAUUUGCAGUGGACUCGUUUCUAUACAAGUCUUCAUCAACGCUCUAUGGAUGCUCAUUUCGCCUGCUAGAGCCAUUUAUCAUUAUCCAACAAGGGAGGAUAAUCUAUUAGUAUGUUCUUCUGACAUAGACGCUUCGUAUAUGAUAGCAUUCGCCUAUCCAAUUUUUCUCAUUGUAAUAUGCACUGUGUAUGCUGUUCUGACAAGAAAAAUUCCAGAAGCUUUCAAUGAGUCGAAACAUAUCGGUUUCACCAUGUACACUACUUGCGUUAUUUGGUUAGCUUUUGUUCCACUAUAUUUUGGAACAGCUAAUCACGUCGCACUGAGAAUAACUAGUAUGUCUGUUACAAUCAGUCUAUCUGCAAGUGUCACUAUAGCAUGUUUGUUUACUCCGAAGCUUUACAUCAUACUUAUUAGGCCUGAAAGGAAUGUUAGACAAAGUAUGAUGCCUAUGAGGUACAGUGCUAUCACAAAGAGUACAGGAACAGGGUCACAUGGGGGUAGUAUAAUGGCCCAUUUAAUGGUUACUGCUGCUACUUGUGACUCGAAGCAGCAAGUCCAAAAAUGUAUGCAACGACCUAUUGAAUUAGAUGAAAGAGAUGAUAGUGGAACAGAUUAUUCCAAACCUAAACCGGAAUUGAAAAAUAAUUGGUGCCAAACUGACCCAUUGUCUGCAAUGAAAUUGUUGGAGAAGAUAGAACUCCACAACGUGAAAGUCAAUAACAAUUUCAGUGUAGAAAAUGGUUCCAUGGUAUACCCACCAGAAGGACAAAUUGAAGGAUUUCCUUUAUAGCAGGAACCUAUCACAAGAUCUCGAAGUUUAAAAUAGGGGGACAAUGACAGUUAAUUAUUUCUGCCAAGACACAGUACAGAACAUUGGGGUCCAAGAAUAUAUGUAGCAUCUGUUACAAUUGAUAGUAUAAGACUAAAUAUGAAUUAAACAUAUACAUACAUGAAUAUUGCAUUUGGGACGAAUAUGAUAACAUUUGUGUCAAAGAAUAACUUAGGUUUCAAAUAUAAUAAACCAUAUUCAUAUAAGCAGUAUUUAUUGAGAAAAAUAAAUUUAGUUGAAUAAUGAGUAAAUCAUCAGCUAUUCACAAGAGAUAACUUCAAUCGAUGAAGAGCCCAGUCGGAUGAAGUUGCCUCAGCGAAGUAUUUUGAGACCUGAAAAUGAAAAAUUUUACUGUAAUAAUUGUUUUUUUAUAUUUGAAAUGAGGUAAGUUGUAAUAUUCAAUUGGAAAUGCAAAUUUCACAUUUUAUGUUAAAGCCGUUUCAAGGGAAUUAAAAAAUGAUUAUGUAUUUUGGAAUUUAUAUCUCUGCAGUUCAUCUUCGAUUGUUUUCUUGAAGGGGCUUCAAUUUGUAAAAUUGGCAUUUUCAUUUAAAUAUUCCAACUUCUUUCAAUCAUACUUCCUUAGUCACUCAUUAUAACUUUUCUUCAAUGAAGAGAACAUUAAUUUCUAUAAACUGCUCAAUUAGCAUUAAAUGAAACUCUUGUGGAUAUUGAGAAAAUAUAUCCAACAUUUUCCUGAAAUUGUGUGUGCAUACUUAAUAUGUAUCUGUAUUAUAAUAUGUAUGUAUUACCAAAUUUAUUAGCUGUGUUGUCUAUUUAUGUGAUGGAAUGAAUUUAGAUUUUUUUAUUAUAUUUUUCAAGAUGUGAAAUAUCCAAUUAUUAUUAAUAUAGCACUCAUCAAUGACUGUAUAAAUAAAUUAUUGUUAUUGAAUA